UAAACAAAGGAGACAGAGUUGUGGAUUUGACUGCUGUUUUGGCGCUUAUUUUUCGUCAAAUGCAGUCUACUUUCACAGGUACCAUGCAGGACGAGGUGGACAUCCGGGGGACGUGUCAGGAUAUGUGUCCUGAGCAGGAACGAGCUGCACGACAGAGACAGAAGCGCCUGCACAGGUUUGAAAUGGUGGAGGGAACAGAACACAACAGACUACCGUCAGCUGACCCUGUCAGGUGUGUGAAGGAGUACUCCCGCCCUGCGGCUGGGAAGGACGUCAUCCCUCCAGCUGAACUCAGGCCUCCACAGGUGCUGCAGGGCACUGUGGACUACCUGGUCAACAGAAUCCUCCCGAGGGACGACGUACAUUUCUCCGACGUCUACAACUUCAUCUCGGACCGACUCCGCGCAGUACGCCAGGACAUGGUGGUGCAGAGGGUCAAAGGCCACACAUGCGUUACCGUCCUGGAGAAAGCCGUACGGUUCCAUGUGUAUGCAGCAUACAGAUUGUGUGAGUCCAGCCUUCAGCAGUUUGAUCCCCACCUGAAUAACCAACAGUUAGAGAACUGUCUGACCUGGCUACUCAGGGAGUACACAGACAACAGUACCGGGGCUACACAGGCAAACAGCAAUACAGGGACUACACAGGGGAACAGAGCCUGUAUGGAGGCACUAUAUCUCAUGCACUGUCUGGCCUAA